UUAAGCACAAUGUCUCCUCCAGCCUUUGCUUUGUAUAUAGUAGCUCUACUUGUUGUAAUAGCGGCUCACAAACCAGCUUUGACACAUUUGUCGCUACUUAUGGAAUCAGCUGAAGUUGGAGGCAGUACGACUUUGCAGUGCCUCUGUCGGGACGAUGCAGCUGUGAUGUUUUACUGGUACAAACAAACUCAGGGGAAGGAACCAAGACUCGUCUGCACAUUCUACAAAUAUAAAGAAAACCGUUUUGAAGAUGAAUUUGACACUUCUCGUUUCUCUUUAGACAGUAAAAACCACAGCAACAUUUUGCUGAACAUAUCCGAUUUGAGGAUGUCAGACUCAGCGACUUAUUACUGUCUAAAGAGCAACUUAGCUAUCAUCAAGUUUUGUGAGGGAACUACACUCAUUGUGAAAGGUUCAGGACUAAAUCCCCCAACAUCACUCCAACAGUCUGAGACGGAGCCCAUCCGAUCACCGGACUGCUCAGUACAAACUGGGAGCUGUGGUGCGGAGCACAGUUUUUACUGGUUCAGGAACUCUGGAGAUUUCCACCCUGGGUUGAUUUACAGCCAGGCGGGCGAUAGGAACGCGUGUGAGAGGAAACGCAAGGCAUCAACAAACAGCUGUUCUUUCAACCUGCCAGUGAAGAACCUGAAUAAGUCACAAAAUGGGGCCGAUUUCUGUGCUGUUGCUUCAUGUGGACACAUACUGUUUGGAGACCAGACCAUCGUCCACUCUGAAGGUGACUCUGUCUCCAUUGUCUUGGUUUAUCUCCUGAGUGGAGCUUUGUCACUCACCACCCUGCUAGCAGCUACACUGGCCUUCUCGGUGUUAAGACUGAGCAAAAGACACAGUCAGCAAACAGAUUGCAGCGACACAUUUUCUGCAACAAACGCUCCAACUGCUCGGCAGCUCCAAGGUGGAGAAAACCUCCAAUAUGCUGCUGUGAACAAUGUGAAACAAAACAUGUCAGGAGGAGCAAAGAAGAACUUCAGUGAAUGUGUCUAUUCUACUGUGAGGCAGUAGAGUUCUGUUGCUGUUGAUGAUUGUGAAAAACAUGUUUGUCUUUAUCUGACUUUAUCACAGGGUAUAUAGGUGAUAUGUAAGCUUGUAAUAAAGUUUUGUACAAAGCUAACACCUGCUGUCUUUGAUUCAGAGACUCAGAACUGAAGCGUGAAUGCAGGAAAUAAAAGAGGUGAGACAGGAGCAGCUACAACCCCAACGCAGAAUAACGACGGGAAGUUUGGCUCUUUUGGCUCCCAAACGGUUCUUAAUCUAUGAUCAUAUGCGACUCCAUAUUCAAACCAGGGCAGCCACCAUUAAGAUGUUAACACACGUGAUUCAUCUGAAAAUUUGAAUGCGUUAAUGAUUUUGAGACACUAAGAAAUGGAAAAACAAUAAUUGCAACACGUCCGAUGUUAGAUCUAUAAGCUGAUACCCAUUGAAUGUUUGAGACUGAGACAAAACCACACAUAUCCAGCUCAGUAUAGAAAUAUUACUGUAAUCCGAGUUACAUCUGAAUCAGAAUAAUCUUAAUUAAA